UCUUCCCUGCCAGUUGAGCUUUCCCUCAGCUGUGAGGAGGAAGCUUUAUUUAAAAUGUGGGACAAGUUCAAUGUUACAUCAGUCGGUCCCACAGUAGACAGAACUGUUACUACAUAGUUCGAUUAGGCAUUUGAUUUCGUUCUCGUUUCGAAUCCAUCACUUCAAAGGGGGUACUUUCCACAGUAUCAACCAAACGCUGUCGUCUAACCGAAGCUCACAUGCGGGACCGAUACUUAAUUGUAUUGCAUGCCUCACAGUAGUUUAGUAAUUGCCGCGUCUUUUGCUAAAUCGAAGUGCCGAAGUGUGCUAUGUGGGUGAAGAACAGAGCUAGUAGGACGUCUGAGUGUCCGCGUGGAAUUGUUCUUGGUGUUCUAUUUCGCGCUCUUAGUUUAUACGGAUAGGAUCUCUCUCAUACUGGUUCGCCUCAGAUAACUUUUGUGCCUUACAGUGUGAACCUAUCUUAUAAUUGUUUGAUGAAAAGUACGACAUUGUGCAAUCUGUUUCAUAAUAGCGAAGCCCAUCCAUCAGACGGAAACUAAAUUUGAAGUGUACGAAAAGAUUUUCACCUAUAUGAACGUUGCACGCUACCUAGAAAUAACUAAACAAGAAUGGCGGAUUUCCUGUCACCGAUCAUCAAAGAUUUUGGAACCUGGCAACUCAGAGCGGUUAUGCUGAUACACUUGGUCAAAAUUCCAUCGUCUUGGUUCAUGGCUUGCAUAAUUUUCACGGCUCCAGCUCCAAGGCCAGGUGAAUACUACUGUAAGCCACCGAUAUCAAUCAGUGAUGACUUCAACAGAACAAAAUGGAUUAUGGCAUCUCAUCCGGUGAAAGGAAUAAUAAGUGAUGGAGGAUUCGCCUUCGACUACUGUAACGUUUUUAAUAAUAGUCUACAGCACUACCACGAUCCAUCCUACAAACCAUGGCAGGAGCUCGGUAACAGAAGCAUGAUCCAUCCUUGUGAAUCAUUUGAACAUCAUGCAUGGUACACUUCAAUCGUUACGCAGUUCGACUUGGUGUGCUCAAGAUAUCUACUAAUAGCCACGACGCAAUCCUUCCAUUUGUUUGGCGUUCUUCUUGGGGGAAUAAUUACAACCCAGCUGAUGAAAACAGUUAGCCCAAGGAAUGCCAUGCUGUUAGGAAUGUACACGCAAAUCCUGUGCGGAUGUAUCACCGGCUAUAUCUACGCAUACGAGAUGCAUGCACUCUUCCGGUGCCUAAGUGCCAUCUGCUGCGGAUUCAUGUAUACUGCCGGAAGUGUUAUCCUGAACGACAUCACAGGGGGAAAGUUCAAAACCGUCACCAUAUGCAUGUUCGAACAGUUUUGGUCCAUUGGUGUGAUGCUGCUUCCCGGAGUGGCCAGUUUUUGGGGCAGCUGGUCCCAGCUGUAUUUGGCAAUUUCUUUGCCAACGUUUUUGCUCAUUAUAUUGCACAGGUGGAUUCCGGAUUCUCCCAGAUGGUUGCUCAAACACGGAAGAAUUCGGGAAGCCAAAGUGUACCUAAUGGAUGCCGCCAAGUGCAAUGGCACUGAGGACAGCGUUCCUAGUGACUUCGACCAGCAGUUGAAGGCGUUCUCGGAGUUGGCCGUUGAAAAGCCAGAUCCCGAUCCUUGGUGGUCCAUUUGGAGCGAGAAAGGCAUCACGAAGAAUCUGGUUUGUGUUCAUACGGCGUGGGCCGUGUUCUAUACGGUGUAUUAUGCAGCUCUGGUGAACAUUACAGCUUUUGGAAGGGACCACAUACAGAUCAAUACGGUAGUUGCAGGUGCAUCUGAAAUGCUUGGAUGUUUCGUAGGACUCUUUUUGAUCAUGUUCACCAAGGAGAAAUGGCUUUGGACUGGUUUGUUUAACGUCGUUGGAGGCUUAGUGGCGUUUACUGCAUGGUGGAUUCCACCAGAUGUAACAGGCACCAACCGAGUCGCGCUUCUGAUGUUGACGGCGAUGGUCUCCAAGGCCAGCAUUUCUUGCUGUUUGGCUGUAUUGUUCACGUGCACAGCUGAACUGAUUGGUGCAAGCAAAAAGAUCGGAUUGGUCUAUUCGUGUACGAUAUGGGGCCGGUUUUGGUUUUUGCUGGCCCCAUUUGUAGCUGCUAUGGUAAAACUUGGACAGUUGAUUCCCUUGACGGCAAUAGGAGUGCUGGUGAUCUUCGGUGGACUAUUCAUGGCAUGCAUCAGAAGUCCAAUGACGCAUCCUCCGGAACAUCGUAGGUCUACAUCAGCCAACUCGACGUCCGGAAAGGCAGCUGGGGUAAAUGAUCUGUAGCAUUGAAAGCUCAAACAUGGUUGAAUGUUGAGUAAUUCGUAGAUAUGCAAACUGAUCGUACUGAAAUGAGCAGGCUCGCUGCAUCUGACGUAAUGCUUAGAAAGGUUCAACUUGUACAAGCUAUUCUUGGAGUCUCAUUUAAUUUUGUUAAAGAAAGUACUUAUUUUUCAAUAAGGAAGAAGUUUGAUUUCACUAAAGAUACGACUCAUAUGAAUUUUAAGAAAAAUGUUAGUAGAGUAUGAAUCAAAAGUAUUUUAUUAUAAUAGGUUUGAUCAAAGGUCAUUUUUUGAUAAGAUAGUGCAAGCCAUGAUGUAGUAAAUAAAUUGUGCAGAAUCUCAUGGUUCAAAAAGUUGCUUGGAAACGUGGGAAGAAGCGCAAUAAAAUUGAUUAUACGUGA